CACGACGUCACCUGCUGGGAUCUCGAAGAUGGCGACGACGGGGACGCUGCAGCUUCACCGCAUCUCCUCGGCCUUCCUUCUCCUCCUCCUGCUCGGCUUGCUGGGCCACUGCGAGGAGCAGGUGCCGCUCGUUUUGUGGACGCACGAAUGGACCCCUGAACUUAGCCAGUCCCCCCCUGUGGCCGGUCACAUUGUGGAGCAGCAGCAACUGGGUGCCUAUUUAGACAAAACCCUCAACACGGGCCCCCAUAAUGUGGUGCUGUUUCUUCAGGACAAGAUGAGCGUGGAGGAUUUCACCCUAUAUGGAGGAGCUUUUGGGAACAAGCUGGACAGCAUUUUCCCGAACCUGGAGAGCGCUCUGAGGUCGUCGUCAUCCUCUCUGGUGCUUCCUGCCGUGUCCUGGCCCGCCUCUAAUGCCGUGAUUGGUCACCUGCAAGACCACCUGGGAACCUCCCCUCUGUAUAUGGACCCUGAGACGCUGAGUCAGCUCCGACUCAAUGCCUCCUCGGCAGCCCUGCUUGUCUUCCGACUGCCCUACUACAUCGGGUCUGAUUUGAUGUCUGCCAAAGAAGUUCUCAGUGGCAAUGACGAGGUGAUCGGCCAGGUUCUAAGCAUCAUGAAGACCCAGUCAGUUCCGUACACGGCCAUCUACACCGCCUUGCGGCCCUCCAGGGAGGCGCCAUCGCUCUCCAUGGAGUCUACCCUGGGGGGAGGACGCUCACUCCUGCAGGCCAGAGGUGGAAACAGAGAUCGGGAGAGGGAACGGGAGAGGCAACGCAAAAUGAAGCAGCGGACUGGGAUCUAUGCUCCAGUGGAGUUUAAGGAAGGCGAGAGCACCUGCAUCCUCCUGUGGGCCAAAGGCCUGUCAGUCAGCAUCCUGCGAAGCGGCCGCUGGGAGGUACAUGACUUGACACCGUCCACCUUUGGGGAGGGCGUCAGCCCGAAGCUUCAUGGAUCAACUUGUGACAAAACCAAAGCACGGCUCGUCCUUAACUAUGAGAACGUUCUUGGCCACCGCAACUUCAAACUCCUCUUCGCUCUGAGCCAGCGCCACUACAAGGUGUCGGCCCGACGCUGGUUCACGCUGGACGCCGUGGAGUUGGAGUAUGACGGCACCAAGGCGACCUUUAAUGGCAGCAGGAACAUAUAUGCCCCCGCCGAGUACUCAUACCGCUGCGAGUCUGUCACCAGCUUCCGAUGGCCGCUGCUCGUCCCACGUUCGUCCAAAGAUCCAGCCAAUCAGUGGAGGGUCUCCUUUGAAGACUUCCAGAUACAAGGUUUCAAUGUGAGCGGAAGUGAGUUCUCGUAUGCGUCCGACUGCGCCGGCUUCUUCUCUCCUGGAAUUUGGAUGGGCCUGAUGACCAGUCUACUCAUGGUCUUGGUGCUCACGUACGGCCUGCACAUGAUCAUGCAACUGCACACCAUGGACCGCUUUGAUGACCCCAAGGGCCCAGCCAUCUCUGUGCCACAGACAGAGUAAAUCAUGUCUUCCUAUCCAUCCCUCUCACUCUCUUCUCCUGCACUCACCCAGCCCCCAUAGCGUUUCCUUUGUGCUACAGACUCAUAACUGUUAUUGCCCCACCAUCAUUGCAUUGAUUGUCCUAAAUGACAUAUUUUUCCUCAGCGCGGCCUGCUCAUGUUCAGGUGUUUGAUUGAGUCUUGAACACCAGUAGAUGGUAAAGCAACAAAAACAGGGUCCCGCUUAAAAAAACAAACAAACAAAGAUCUAGACAUAUAAUAUACAAAUUUUAUUUAUUGGUGAUAGUGUUUGUGGUUAUUGCUUGUUUCUGUGGGGGAAAAUGUGAUAUUUAUCUGUUCAUUGAAGGGAAUACAUGUUCUGUCUGUAGAUGUUUGUGUCAGUGAAAUAUAGCAAAAGGGGGAAUUAUUUAUUAUUUCAGUUGAUUUGAUGACUGUGAAGUGACUGUAAUGGUUGUGGUCGAUGUCGUGCAGCUGCUCAAUAAAAUGUCUCUAGAGAAA